CGACUUUGUGGAAAAAUAUAAUCUUAUAAUACAUUCCGAUAAAUUAUCAGACAAUUAAUUAAUAUUAGUCGUUAUCGAUGUAGAGAUAUACGGAAUUAUUAAACACUAUCAGAGAUUUCAGUGCGAAUCAAUCAAUGCCAGCGGUGACGCGAAUUUUCUAAUCGAUAAACGGAUCGAUUGGAAACUGAUUUGCAUUCGGAAUAUACCUGCGAAAAUUUGGUAUGUGUUUGGGGUGAGAAAUGCGGUAAAGUGAAUAAUAGUAAAUUCGUUGUGAUGAAAGGGCCUUUAUGAAAUAGUGCUGUUUUGAUGUAGAUUGGAAAAAUUCUACAAAUGUGUCUAAAUUAAUAGUGGGCGUUUCGAAAUGGAGCCUAAUGAACCAGAAGUAGACCUAAAUAACGUUACCUCCGUGGAUGAAGAUGAUCUAGACGGUGACGAAAAUACUCUAAAAAAGACCUUACUAACUACAGACGAAAGGAAAUGGCGUCUCUCGUAUUUAAGAAAUUUGUUCGACACAUACAAACUUCAGGACCUCUUCAACCUGUACACGGAAAAAGUUAACCAUGGAUAUUUCUCGCUGUUUCUGAUACUCCAGUUGCUUCUAUGCUCAACGCAUUUUAUAUUCGUUGUUAUUAGUAAUACAGAUGACUUGAAUACAAUCGCACCGGACGCCAUCCUCUACGCCACCAUCAUCCUGACGUCCGUAACCACUCUAAUAUACACGGAAUGCAGACCAAUCGAAUACAAAUCGAUGAAACUGCUAUCCUCGAUCUUCUACACCAUGGUAGUUAUCGUGUGUUUCUUCGUGCCGAUUUACCACAGGAUAGUCGACGACCAGCGCUUUCGACCCGCUUAUUCUCCCCAUCUGAUAGUCGCCUGCUAUCUAUUUCUCGCCGCAGAUGAUAUCAUAAUCGCCAUUUCCAUCGGUUUCCUCGUCUCCUGCAGCCACCUGCUCACCCUCUACUUCGUCACAUACACUCACAACGUGGUCACCUGGAGAGAGAUAGCAUCUGAUGCCCUAUUUACUGCUUUUGUUAACGCUUUGGGCAUCUACUAUCGCUAUAUGAAUGAAAUAGUGAUCAGAAGGAGUUUCUUGGAUAGAAGAGACAGCAUAAUGAGCACCUACCAGUUGAUACACGAGAAAAACCAAAAGGUUCAAUUAAUGCAAAGCAUAAUUCCUGAGUACAUCAGAAAGAUAGUGGAAGAACGGUACGUGACCGCCAUACAAUCCUUCAUCAAACAGGGUAGAUAUCUGAAAGAAAACCCGUUUAACAAUCUUCUAUUGGACUCCCACGAAAACGUUUCCAUUCUCUUCGCCGACAUCGUCAAUUACACGGAAAUGACAAUCAAAUUAAAAAUCACCGAACUUUUGGACACUUUAAACGAUUUGUUCGGUUUGUUCGACAGCGCCUCAUUAGAGCUAAAAGUCACCAGAAUCAAAUUCUUAGGAGACUGCUACUACUGCGUGGCAGGUUUACCUCCAGAUGUGGCGGAUAAUCCAGCCGAAGCCUGCGUUGAUUUGGGCCUCAAGAUGAUAUCAAUUAUAAGUAACGUUAGGAGAAAGAGGAAUUUGAACAUAAACAUGAGAAUCGGCGUGCACAGUGGAAAAAUCAUCAGCGGUAUAAUAGGAUCAGUGAAGUACCAAUUCGACAUUUGGUCGAAAGACGUGGACAUUGCCAAUAAAAUGGAAAGCGAAGGAGAAGCCGGAGCGGUACACAUAACAGAAGUGACAAAAAACUUGCUAAAAAAACCGUACAGAAUCCACCCGAAAAUGAAAAAAUCCACCAACGAACAAUUCGAAGUCCUCGGCCACCGGACCUUCCUAGUACUACCAAUAACGACCACGGAGAGCGCCCCGACGACUCCCACGCCUCGCUCUUCGAUCUACCAGAAGCAGAGGUCCUUCCCCAACGCCACCCUGCUGUCGCAGCUCCAGCGGCUGCCCUCGGUGGUGGAAGACGACGCCAAUUACCUCGCGAUUUCCGACGAAUCCGCCCGGCAUCGGGGCAGCGUCGACGAGCGAAUAUACAAGAAGAAGAUCCGCACGAUGGAGAGCAGGAGGAGCACCAACACGCUGCAGAGGCGCACCGCUUUCAUGAACCACAACAUCAAGAGGUACACGGAACGCGCCGAAAUGGUGAACAAGGACAUCGAGACGAGCAUCAAGAACGAGUCGUUUUCGAAGUACAAGCAGUACGUUAAAGAGAAGCGCAUAAAUUUCUUCCUGUUGUAUAAAAAUUGGACGACUGAGUUGGAGUAUUUGAAAAUUCCUGACGCGCUUUUUAAAUAUUACCUCUUAGGCGCUGCGUGUUUGAUUGUUUGCGUUUAUUUCAUACAAAAUUUAACUUUAAGAACUUGGGAUUUGAGCACUUGGCCGUUUCUUCUCAUAGUACUGGUGGUACUGUUCGUGCUGGUACCCAGUGCGUGGAUGGAGUAUUUGUACAAUAAAUAUUUCGCCACGUACACCGGCGAAAUUCCGAAAAAUUUCAUAGUCCGAAUGGCGUGCAAGGCGUCGAGCGUCGUGACGAACGGCGUCUACGUCAGAUUAUCCAUAUUCCUGAUGGUUUAUUUGGGAUUUUUGUUUUGCGUAGGCAACGAAAUGGUGGACUGUCGCACCAAUUUCGAUUCGGAAGCCUCUCGAUACAAUUACACCGAGCAACGUAAACUAGUGACGUUGCUGUUUUAUUCGCAAGAGAAAUACGCCCGGGAAUUCGUGCACUGCGUCCUGCCUUGGCACAUGACAGAAACGUACGCGAUGGCCGUAAUAAUGAGUUUUCUCUUCCUCAGGAUGUUCAUUUGGUUGAAAUUCCUACUCGGUGCGCUCACUAUUACAUUGUACGGGUAUUGCGUGCUCGGAUUCAGUAGUGGAUACUACAAGGAGAGCGAGACGUUCAAUAACAAUCUUCAACCGCAAUUUGCUCACAUAAUAUCGACCGUUUUCCUCAUAGUAACGCUGCAUUUGGUGGACAGACAGACGGAUUACAUCAACAGAUUGGAUUAUUUGAGGAACAAGCAGAUCAAUUUGGAGCAGGAAGAGGCGAAAUUGUUGCAGAAAGUCAACGAGAAUUUGUUGUUGAACAUUCUACCGAAGCACGUCGGUACGUCGAUCGGUGAAUAUAUCGAUAAGUCGCUAAUUUAGGCGAUUGUUCCAGCUAAUUUGUACCUGGACGUAAACAGAGAACAGAAGGAGUUCUAUUUCGAGGAGCACAGCAACGUUGCCGUCAUGUUUGCAACGAUUAUCACCGAUAAGGAGUUGCUGACGAUACUCGACGAGCAGGAAUUGCUGCACUUGAUGAAUGCUUAUAUCACCGAAUUCGAUAUCCUGACGAACAGACGACAAUUCCGCGGAAUAGAGAAAAUAAAAAUCGCCAAAUGGACCUACAUGGUGGCCUGCGGCCUCUUUCCCGGUGGAAGGUCCAGGGAAAUCGAGCGCCACCAGACCAGCACCAGCUUGGACACCGUCCUGAAUUUCGCUUCGGAGAUGUUCAAGAAAGUUGAAUACGUCAACAAGACGCACUUCCAAAAAUCCAAAUUAAGAAUAGGCAUCAGCCACGGGGAUAUAGCCGCCGGGGUGGUGGGCAGCAAGAAGCCCUUGUACGACAUCUGGGGGGACCCGGUGAACAUGGCGUCGAGGAUGGACAGCACCGGCGUGGCGGGGCACAUCCAGGUGAUGGAGAACACGGCGGAUAUAGCGAGGAACCUGGGGUAUUCGUGCGUCGAAAGGGGCUUCAUCGCAGUGAAGGGGAAAGCUGAAAAGGUGAGGACGUUCUUCGUGGAGAUUAACGAUAAAUUUGAUUUGGUGAUGUGCUCAAGCAAAGACUAAGAGUACUCGAAUUCAAGUAGUUUUUCGAACUUGAGAUGUGGCGGAAAAUGUGAACUAAAUUUUUAUGUGUUCUAGUCAAUAUUAUGAUUGUUAUUUAUUGUGUUAAUAUGUAAAUAAUCCAAUAAAGAGGCUUUUGUAUUUA